UUCGUGCCCACUCCGCCUCAUUCUCCUCCCCGCUCGCUCCUAUCCUCCCCCAUGCCGCCGCCCCCUUCCCCCCGCUCGCCUCUGCCGCCUCCUCUCCUUCCCCGCACGUCCGGCCUACCCCCUCCUCCCUCCUCCUCCAUCCUCCCUCAUUCGUCAUCACGGCAGACCAUCUCCCGUCACUUGGGCCCCAUGCUGGCGGCCGGGUCGGGGUGGAGGCGCAGCAGGGCUGCAGGGGCCCUACGUGUACUACCUCUACAGCCAGUACGGGUUCGACAAGGGCGACAUCGGCCGCCUCUUCAUUGCCGGCUUUGGCUCCUCCAUGCUCUUCGGCACCAUCGUCGGGUCGCUCGCCGACAAGCAGGGAAGGAAGAGGGCGUGCAUCACCUACAUCCUCAGCUGCAUCACGAAGCACUCGCCGCAGUACAGGAUUCUGAUGAUUGGCCGUGUGCUUGGAGGCAUUGCAACAUCGCUGCUCUUCUCGGCAUUCGAGUCGUGGCUCGUCGCGGAGCACAACAAGGGAGAGUUGACUGAUGUACAUGAGACCCAGGCGAAAAUGAGUGUGCUAGCGGAGGCUCCAGGGAUGCAGGGUGAUAGGGCCCAGUCUAUGCUCCGGUUGUGUUGUUGGGGAAGCUUCGGACGGGAUUUAGAUAAGGAAAAGGAGCCCCGUGCGAAAUCGAGCGUCCUGGUGUUGGGACUGAUGAUCCGCACUUGUUGUCUAAAUGCAGAACAUGCGCAUUGCAGUGCUUUCUAUCAGUAUCGACGACCACAAAUGGGAUGGAUCGAGCAACCAAGACUCAGAGUGUGGUUGACAGUGCGGCCUGCUCCCAACCCUGCAGGUAUAUCCUAAUGUAAGUGACACUGUUUUCCUUCUUUAUGUACCUGGACGGGAGUGCUCAUGAGGAUGACGACAUGCUACUGAACUCAAUUUCAGAAAUGGAAUUGGGGCCUGGGGUUUGGAGCCGGCCCCUCAUUAGAAGUGCCCAGGCGGCAUGUCACAGUUUUUUGCUGAGAAUUUACUAAGAACAAUUUUUGCUUGUCUUUAGCAUGAGGCUAUAAGCCCUAUAGCAGUUCCAGUGUGAUGGUCUACCACUUGACUAGGAAGGGGGGAUUGAAAGAUAGCACUUGUCGUUUGGAUCAAUUAGUAUUGGAUAUUUGAGGAAGUAAAUGUUUAAACCACUAAACCUUAUAUUCUUUUGUGAAAAGGUUAUGUGUUUUUAAUCCAUUAGCAGAGUUAGUUUGUCUAAAAUAACUAACUAUUUGGACUAAUAUGGAAUGAUAAAAAAUUCAGAACUAGAUGUAAAAUUUGAUGCGCAUGGCUUUGUUUAACUUGCAGUCUGUAUUUCUAAUAUCUUCUUUGUUGCCGAGGUUGCUUCUAGGUUUUAUUACUGUGGAUCUAAUUUAGAUAAUUUGUAAAUAAUCCUAUGUAGGAGUAUGCUCAUCUAUAACAGUUGGGGAGGGAAAUCGUAUGAAUUACAUAUUUUGUCAAAAAUUGGCAUUACUAUAUGCAUAAAUCUAAAUUAUUGUUCAUAAUGGAUUCACCACUGCUCUACAUAAGCUACAUUUGCUAAUUGCUAUGUAUAUAAGCUGAAUUAGUAGCACUACUUCCUGUUUUCUUGCUUGCAAUACCAUGUAUUACCUCUUUACUUUGUUCUCCACAUUUUAAAUUUUGUCUUUCUUUGCAAGUAUAGUGGCCAACUUAUGGUCUGCAUUGUGUAUAACCGAAAUGAUUGUAGUUUCCUAAUACCAUUAUCUAUAACCGAAAUGAGUAGUUUCGUAAUACCAAAUCAUGUGCGCUCACGUAUUUGUCUCUUAGUGUUGCUGAAUGCAUGAAAACCAUGCCCAUGGCCAAAAGUUAAAAAAGUACGAGAAAUUGGGUUUUCAUUUCUCUUAGAAUUGUACAUGUUCAUGUUGUUGUCAUUUUUUCUGAAAUUUAGACAACUCUUUUCGCUUAAUAAUAGUUUACCGAUUUCAGUGCAUCCUAUAUAUAUGUAUGUUUUGACUGAUUGGUCGUCCUCUCAUUCGGACUUACUCAGUGUUGCGUUUGUGUGUUCCUUUAUCAUGCGCUGCUUAUUUUUUGGUUGUGUGAGCGGGUUGUGUGUUGUUGUUUCCAUCCUCAUUUAGUAUGCUGAUGUUUUUAAGAUGACCUCUAUAUUGCUGGAAACUUAAAUUUUAGUUCAUACAUUUGAGCAACUGACUAGAUUAAAAAAUAAUUUCUGUAAGAUUGAGGCCAGUUUAUUUGGUAAGGUAGAAGAAAAAUAAGAUGAAUGCGCACAUGUUAUUACUGUACAAAGGCUAAACACUGAAUAACACUGAUGGUUCUUUCCUGAGGUUGAGUAGGAGUGUAUCCCUUUUCUGUAUAAUUAUGUCUUCGAAAUUGCCGAAAGAAUAGCUAGGUUCUAGAACAAACAUGCUAUGAAUAAUUGCAUUACUACUUCAGUGAAAAGUUCCUGGGCAUACUAUGUGUUCCUCUAGACUUGGUUGAAAGUAUUUCUUUUGUUAUCCGAUUUCUCACUAGGUACCUUUGUUGAUGAAUGUGUUCCUCUAGACUUGGUUAUAUAGACUCACAUGAUUACCUGAUGCGGAUUCUACAACUUGGAAAACACAUCUAGAAUAUUCAAGUUGUCUGUGGUGCCCUGGAGAAAGCUUGCUACUCCAAUCAACCACCUUACACGAGAAUCCAGAAUUGAUUUGUCAUUUCAUGUUUGCACUAUUAGAGUUUACCAACAACGCAUCAAGGACAAAGUGUGUCAUGGAUUCCUAAGUUCCAGCUAACAUAGCAAAAUUGUAUAGAGAGAAUACCUGCAUUUUGCUAUUACAUAGUUUGAGGCUAUGUUUCUUGUAAUUUUGAUUAUUAAAAGGAUAUCAUUGCCAAAUUAUCAAGCAUUUAUUUAUUUUCACAUAACUCUUGAUUUGAAAUGGGACCUUGCCUCAUUUGGCGCAAUGAGUAAUGUUAUUAUAUGUCUUAUUGUAGACAAGAAGCCAACAUUCUUAUUGUAGACAGCAAACCUUUGUUCUUUUUUUUGUUAAGAGGGGUUAAAUUUGUUACCAUAUGUGCUUGCCCACAACUGAACUAUGAA